UGACGCCGUGCGGUUACCUGAGAGACGCGCGAGUUUUAGUGCGGCGUGAAGGCGUGCGCGUCUUCUUAGGAGAACCUCGAGCUCGUCUUAGGCCCGUGCGGCGCCAUGGAGGUGGUGGAGGCUGCCGCGCAGCUGCAGACGCUCAAGUUCGGCGGCUCCGGCCCGGGAUCCGCAGCAUCGCCGCCACCUGAGGAGCGCCCGGACGCCGAGCAGGCGGAGCAGGCCCCGCCGGCAGGGGAGCAGCCGCCGCCAGCCCCGAGCUCGGAUGCUGGUGAAAACCCACCGCCGCCGAGCGGGCCCUGCGCCACCGCACCGGACGCCGCGGAGCCGCUGCCAGAGCUGCAGGACUCGGACUCAUCGGACUCGGAUUCGGACAGUGAAACGGAUUCGGAUAGCUCAAGCUCUUCCUCUUCCUCAUCUUCAUCAUCUUCCUCCUGUGGAUCGCUUCCUCCUGUGUUGUCAGACGGAGAGGAGGAUGUCCAAGUUGAGAAAGAAAAUAAGAAUUUUCCUCUUAAAACAAAAGAUGAAUUGCUUCUUAAUGAACUACCUUCUGUGGAAGAACUCACUGUUACUCUGCCUGAAGACAUUGCACUAAAGCCUCUUGGGAAGGUUUCGAGCAUUAUUGAACAGUUAGUGAUAAUUGAGUCUAUGACUAACAUACCUCCAGUUAAUGAGGAUACUGUCAUUUUCAAAAGUGAUCGACAAGCAGCAGGGAAGAUAUUUGAGAUCUUUGGACCUGUUGCCCAUCCAUUUUAUGUGUUACGGUUCAAUUCUUCAGAGCACAUUGAGAGUAAAGGUAUCAAAAUAAAGGAUACUAUGUAUUUUGCUCCAUCAAUGAAAGACUUCACUCAGUAUAUAUUCACAGAAAAACUCAAACAGGACAGAGGAUCUGAUGCUUCUUGGAAGAAUGAUCAGGAACCACCUCCAGAAGCCUUGGAUUUCAGUGAUGAUGAGAAAGAAAAAGAAGCCAAACAGAGGAAAAAGUCUCAGAUUCAAGGCCGCAAAAAACUCAAGUCUGAAUUGAAUGAGUCAGGUGAAGAUUUUGGUGAAGUGCAUCAGAAUUGGAAUGCCAAUAGCUCUUCAGAACAUUCGAAAGGAUAUCACAACAGGGAAUUCACGAGAGGCUUUCCGAGGGGCAGAUACUCUCGAGGAAGCCAUGGCAGACCUCCGCCACAGCAGUACUAUAACUCAGAUCCUAUGGCAUCUCAAGAGAGCUUGGGAUUUCCACCUCAGAGACAAGAUAAUCCUGUCAUGCCCCACUAUCCUUUUCCCCCACCCAUGUUUGAUAUGCAUAACUUUCCACUGCCGCCCCCGCCCCCACCCCCACCAACGGUUAGCAUGGGGUGGGCUGCACCUAGCAUGACCUCUCAUCCUGUUCUUAACUUACCAUACUCCCUACCCCCUCCUCCACUUCCUCCUCCCCCUCCUCCUCCCUCUCCUGGGGAAAGUAAUUCUUCUCAUUUUGGAUCUUACUAUUAGUUCUAUGCUUGUAUUUCAGAGAAAUAUGGUAAAAAAAAUUUAAACAAAAAUAUAUUAUAGAACUAGAUUUAAAAAAAAACCACUGUAAAAUACUAAAUCAAAUGAUUCAGUUGUACGUUCAUAUAUAUUUUAAGUAACUCAGUUGUGAGUUCAUAUAUGUUUGUAACCUUUAUGAAGGUAUUCAUAGGGACAGUUCAUCUCAUUCUUAGAAAACAUGUAAUAUUUAAAUAUUGACUCAUGUCCUCCAUUACCCACAGCUGGUUAACAAUGUGUACAGUAGUGGUUAUGAAGCGGGUUUCAUCACAGCCUCUAAUAUGCUGACCACUGAAUUGUCUUUUUAGUAUAAUCUUAAAAUGUUGAAGUCCUACUAAGAGUCUUUAAAAUAAAGUAUUUUUAUAAACUUGACACCUUUGAAAUUGAUUGUAAAUGCAAGAAUUCUUUAAACUUGAUUUCCUUAAGCGAGUUAGGAGUGUGAAGGAGGAAGACACUAUUGGCCGAAGCUCUCACUAGCUGGUUAGUAUUAGCUAUGUAUUGGCAGACAUCCGUUUUCUGUGUAGCUGUCCGUUAUUGGGAAAGCUUUACUGUCUGCUGCUUCCAUUAAGGCGUGUAUAUAUGUGUAUUCUGUGUCUGUUCCCAGGCUCUCCAGUGUCUGACAUGGAUGACAUGCAUAAUAAAGGCAUUGAAUGACUGA